CAACAAAUCUAACCAAAACUAGUUUAGGAUCUUAUUUAAAAAUAAAAUAUGGAACCAGAACGGAAUACAGACGGUAACAGGAAUAUCCCUCCAACCAGAUGUAUUAUAAAUGGCCGGUAUAACCGUAGUAUAACCGAAGUAUACCAUUUCCUGAGCAACUUGGCCAUUGAAUAUUGGAACUGGCUUCUCGGAAAACUGGACCAGCUGAAAAACUUCUGCUACCGACCCAUAUGCAACUUAAAGCUAACGCUAUCUGCAGAUCCUGAGAUUCUGGAUAGGAUUAGCCAAACAAGGGGAUGGAAAACCGCGGCCUUUCGAUGCUUAGAGUUCCACCCAACCACAUCUUUAAUGGCCUUAGUCACUAAUCAAGAUAUCAUUCUGAUCCAUGAUGGGAGGAGUACUUCACCCACCAGACUGCAGAACUUUCAGCAAAAGGACAUCACCUGUGCGGCCUUUCGUCCUUGGUCACCUGCCUGCGAUUUAGCCGUGGGAUGUGCCUCUGGUAUAUAUUUAUGGAGGGAAAGUGGAAGGUCCAAAUGCAAUAUUCGCCACAUGCUGGGCACUCAUCUCAUGAGGCACCUGCAGGACGAGGGGCACAACUACGUUACUUCUCUCCAGUGGAACGAAGAUGGCACCAUCCUGAUCAGCGCCGCUUUGAGCUCAUCACACAUAAUCCUCUGGGAACCGGACUGUCAGCAGAAGAUUCGCCUGAUCCCAGCUCCCAACAGCCUGAGCCCCAUUGCCCUACUGCGAUAUAGUCCCGAUUUCCAGGUGCUCUUCUGCGCCUCCUGCGAUGCCGGGGCCAGUCUGUGCCAGCUGAGUAGGUCAAAGUGGAAAGCGCAGCAGGUCCUCAUGCGGAAUCGCAUUCAAACGGCUGUCUGGACCACUUGCAGCUCAUAUCUGCUCUUUGUGCGGGAGGGCGGCACCCGUGUUUACUCGUGUACCAACGAUGGCGAAUCAGCGAUUUUCCUCCGCCCCAGACCCCAGUGGAGGGUCGAGUUGGUGGUGGACCUGCAGCAGGUCACCAGUUGCUCUGGGGAGCAGAGGUCCUGCGGUGAGCCCCACUCCUUCGCCAUGGAUCCCCUGGGCCUCUACAUGGCCGUAAUCUUCAAGCAGCGGUCCUUCGUCCUGCUCUGCCUUUUGACCAAUUUGCGACUGGGCUCACCGCGCCUCCUGCCCCUCGAAUUUAUUGACUGCGAUGCCGCUGGCGAGGAGUAUCCAACUUGCAUGGGAUUUGGUAUAUCCGAUCAGGAAACUCGAUGUCUGGUGAUUUGCUGGGAUAAGGGGCAUAUUCAGCGAUACCUACUCACUGCAAAGUGCUUGCAGGAGGCCCAGGUCAUUCAUAACAUAAAUCGGUAAGCUCAAUAUCAUAUCGCGAGUUUUAUGGGGUACAAACACUUUGAAAAUGUAUCUUUCUAUGGUGUUACUAAUAUGAAAUAAACAAAUAAAAUUAAAGAUAUUUUUUCAAAACUCAAA